UUAACGUUCCAUUUUUUCGAUUUUGUAUAUUAAUUCCGUCUCUGAAGCGUUAAAUUCAUAGUUUAUUUGUUAUUUAAUAUUUUUUAUAAUAUUUUCAUCUAAUUUUACUGUUUAACUCGAAUGUAUUUGUGAGAGCGAUGUGUUCAGUUUUACCAUUUGUUUUUCGUUAGCCAGUAGUAUUAUUGGUUGUUUUGGUAUGGAAGAAGUAAGGCAGCUAGUACAGGAGGAAGGUAGGGAAGCCAGGAACCUAGUGGCAUUCCAUGUCGCCGUGGAUACGCCAGCUCGGGUAUCCCGUAAGCCUCCUCGUGCCCUUCCUCCUGUUCGGCGAACGCUACCGAGGGCGUCUCGUCUCCGUUCUGCAUCAGCUGGUCGUGAUAAGCGAUCUGAAUUAAGGGCUCGUUAUUGGGCUUUACUUUUUGGCGACUUGCAAAGAGCUGUCGGUGAAAUUUACAAUACUGUUGAAUCUCACGAGAACUUAAGCGAGUGCCAAGAAGUUAUAUUAGUGCUCGAGAAUUAUACCCGUGAUUUCAAAGCUUUAGGAGAAUGGUUUAGACUGAAAUGGGAAUACGAUAAUACACCCCCACCACAUAGACCACAGAGUUUAGCAUGGGAGAUAAGAAAGACAGAUUUCGUAAGACCAGAGUCAAGACGCACUCACUCUGUAAAGAGCUCACCAUCUGUGUCUGGGAAAAAUAGCCCUUGUUUAUCUGGGCAUAAUACUCCCAGUGGAAAAAAUAGUCCCAAUUUAACCGGUAAAGCUAGCCCAGGUAGCGGUAAAAUCAGUCCAAGGAUAACCGCACAGCCUAGCUCUAGUCCCAAAGCAAAUAUUGAAUUUUUUAGUAACAAAAUAGCUACUUCUAAAAUUACAGCAAAACCAGAAGCUAAAAUUGCUAAAGAGUCAUCUAGGUUAUCUGACAUCAAAGAAAAAGAGGUAAAAGAUACAUGUGAAGAGAAAUUAUCUAAAAUAAACGCGCAAAAAAAUAAGGAUGACAUUCCGGACAAACAAGAGUCGAAGCUCACAACUGUUGAGAUAGGAACAGUAAAAGAGUACCAAAACGUUUGCGCAAAACAAGUUAUAAUAAAAUCGCCUAAACAUGCUAAAUCAAAAGUAGCAAUUUCUGAUAAAAUUUCUGAAGACAUUUCUUGCCAGGCUAAAGUGACUGUAGCACAGCUGAAUGCAAUGGAAAGUGAUUUUUUAGAAAAGCAAAUAUCUGCUAAUCAAGCGAAAAAUGAAAAUAUGAUUAACCAAGAUAUCGAGAAAGGAAACGAUAAAACAGAUACUAUUCCAGAUAUAAUAAUCAAAGAAAAUAUUGAUGACAAAGAAAUGUUUUCCACAGAAUCUCCAACUAAAUCUGAAGAUAACUUUGCUGAUAUUUCAAAUGAAAGCUCUCCCAAAUUAGAAGUUGACAAAAAUAGCAUCGAUAACAUUGAAAUUCGAGCUGAUGAUACUCCGGUUAUAUAUAACAAAUCUAUUGAAACAAUCGAUCCCAUAAAUAAUGAAAAAGCAAACACAAAAUACAUUCAAGGUAAUGGCAAGGAGAGUGUUUUUGAAAAUGUAAAUUCUCUCAGUAUUGAUCAAAACGAAGAAAUCGGCAAUCUCAGUCGAGUAAAGGACUCAUUUCCUACAAUAAACAGUGAACUUAAAGUUUUAAAUGAUGAAAUUUUGCAAGUUAUUCAAAAUACAACAGAAUUCGAUAAACAACAAAACAAACAGGAUAUAAAAGUUGAAGUACAAAUGAAGUCGAUAGAAUACAUUGAAAAUGACAUAUUUAAUGGAUUGACGGCAGAAAUACCAAUUAAAGACGAUGAAAAAGAUAAUAAAACUUCUAGUAUAAUAGAGUCUCCGAAAGAUAUGUUAACUGACGAAGUAGAUGAGAACAAAAAAGAUCAUGAUUUAAAAAAGAAUGAUGUUGCUAAAUCCAGCAUUGACAACAAACAACCUGUUAAACCAGCUUAUUCUCAAGCAGCAGCUAAGCCAAAAUCAUUGAAUGCAGCUAAAAUAGAAGUAAAAACUCCAACAAGAUUAGCAAGGAGUUCAACGGUUGUAGAAAUGCGACCUUCAACUGUACCUAAGACUCAACGAUCAUUCCAAAAGAAACAUCAAACCAAUAAAUGUAGUUAUCCGUUUAACUUAACAACUGGUCGCACUAGUCUUUUUGACACGAAUCCAACUGGUUCAACUAAUAAAGGUACAUUAUAUAAAAGACCGAUAGACCGAAACAGAAAUAUGCAGUUAGCGUCUGGUGAUGCAAAACCAUUAACAGGUAAAGAAGUCCUUAAAAAACGCCCUCCAAGACCUAGUACUUUUAAGACUGCCGAGCGAAUUGAUAAAAAAGAAAAUAGCAAUGUAACAUUAGAAAAAGAUAAAGAUUGUAAAGAUUAUGGUACUUGUGAUACUGCAAUUGCGCAGAUGGAUAUGUCACGAAUAGAAUCAAGCGAGAGUUUGAAAACUCUUGUUCCAGAAGAUCAUCAGGUCUUGCAAGAUGUUGCAAAUUCAAUAGAAGUACUUAACGUCGAUAGUAAUAAAAACGAUAACGAAGGCUGGCUUACUGUGAAGUCGAGGCGAUUGAGUCGAGAAUCAAAGAAACAUUCAAAAUCGCACUGGGCCAAUAGAUUCCAUCAGCCAUCUGCUACAACUAGUCUGCCUACUCUGAAUAUGCUGGAAUCUCCUAAAGAAGAAAUUAAAGAAUUCAUAGAUACGAAAGUGUCGAAUGUCGACCGUGCAAAAUCAGAACAACCCCAAUUAGCUGAAAAAUUGGACGAGAAAAUUGACAAAGAUAUGGAUAUUGAAAAGGUUAUAAACGUGCCUUCUAAGCCAAAUUAUGAACAUAAAACGAGAGAUCCUUCAAUGAUUAGACAAAAAUCAGAUGUAACUGGCUUAAGAACGAAAUCGUCUCGAAGCAAGGUACUUACUAAGAGAGCUGAGAGAAUAAAAGAUUCGAAACAAGACGAUGAUGCGGAAUUGACGAAAAAUCGAUUGCAUUCUUCUUUGGAGAGUCUUACUACUGCUUUAGCAAGGUCUCAAGAAAGUACUGAAGAAGUAUUUGAUUUUGAUAAGUGGAAAGCGGAAUUCAAAUCCACUUUUAAGUAUUUGGAAGAUGAUGAUCAAAUCCCUGAUCAAAAUGAGAUACUAAAGGCAGCAGAUCCCUCAGAGGUGUCUGAAAUAGCGGAAAUGACGUCACAGAUAGAAGAAAAUGAAAGGAAAAUAAGCUGGGCUUUAGAUUUUCAAUCGGAAGUUGAUCAAAGGAAGCUCUGUGAAGAAGAAGAUUUACUAAAUAGACAAAUAUUGGAACUACAACAAGUUUCAGAUAUUGAUAUUGACACUGAAACGGACGAUACCGAGACGGAUGCAGAAAUUCUUUCCGAAGAUCCGCCACCUCAAGCUGGUCCGACAGAAACUCUCGGUUCGCUGGCUGCGAGCUUGGAAGACCAAUACGAGACGGCCCUCGCAGGGAUGUCGUGGGCGGAACGCGUCGAUACUUUGGUCGUUUUGGAAGCCCUGGUUGCUAGGGACCCAGGACGAGCGCAACAAUUGCAUGCUAAAUUGUCACAAGGUAUCAAACGUAGAGGCAGCCUUCAAGACGCUUUACGCAGACUCCAAGCGAAGCAAGCGAGAGCUGAACGUCAGAGACUAGAAUUUCAGACGGAACGGGCCAAGAAGAUCCACCAGCUCCUGGCGCGGGUCGAGGAAGUAAAGGUAGCGAAAAAUCAAUUGAUUGAAGAGAAAAGAAUCAGGAUGGAGAGGAGACUUCAGAAGGCGACUGAAAAUCGUGAUCAACAUUUGAAGGACAUUGUUCGCAAAGCGCAUGAUGAAGAAGAAAAGUUACGGGAAAUAGCUUUCAUUAAGCAGUUGGAAGCAGAGAACAGACGACACGAGUUCUUGGAGCAGUGCCGGUCACACACCACUCGACUGAGGCAGAUGAGGCGCGAUAGACUUCAUAAACUGGAGCAGAAGGCGGCGCGCGAGGCGGCCGUGGGCGCGCGGCGGCAGGCGCUGGAGGCCGCGCGCCGCCUGCACGUGGCCAGCAUGCUGGAGCGCCGCAAGGAGCGCGACGCGCGCGUCGAGGAGCUGCGCGAGCUGCGCCGCCAGGAGCGCGGGGACGCCGCGCGCGAGAAGGCGGAAGGUGUAAAGUCUCGUCUGUCAGCGCUAGCCGCGGCUGCAGAGUUAGAAGCAGACGCCCUGAGGUCCCGCAUACGAGACAAACAAGACGCGAGUCAACAAAGACUCGAGUCUCACCUGCAAGCGAUUCGAGAAAAAGCCACGGGACCACGACAAGCUACAACAUCAGAGAGUCAAGACCAAAUUCCUAAAGAAGUAGAAGAAGAAACUGGCAGACAGGAUCAAGAAAGGAAAGAGAGAGAGAAACAGAAGGCGAUUAAGAAGAAAGCCAGGAAACUGAAGCAGAAACUACUCGCUGCAGGGCAUUCGAACCCAAUAUUCGAUGACAACAUAACAACACUCGACACGUUCUUAAAUCCAGUUACGAGCAAAGUGUAUCGCGUCAUAAGCUCCAUACGGAACAUCAUUGCCCCAUUGUUACGCGAUACCAAAACCUAUAUGAACGGCGUUGAAAACGAAGAAGAGAAAUCCGGGAAGAAGAAGAAAGGUAAAGCAGUUAAUGGUGACGUUGAAGCGGAACAGAAGAAAGAUAAAGGUAAAAAUAAGAAAGGUAACAGCGACGUCAAUUCUAACAACGAAGCAAAUGUCAACAGAGAAGUUAAAGAUGCAAUUGAAACUAAACCCGAAGAACCACAUACAAGCCAUCAGCCGCCCGACAAGAGUCCGGAAGAACCUGAGAAAGAGACGAAGAAGAAGAAUAAGAAAAAGAAGAACUCGGAAGAUAAGCCGACGUUGAAUAAAGCUAGUUCAGUUUGUAGUUCGAUGAGCGACAUGAGUCGCGGCAGCGGUAGAAACGACAGGAAUACUAAGGUUGAUUUAGACUUGCCGUACCUGGAGAAGCAGAUGAACGAACUGUAUAGAAUAAUGGAGAAGUUUGAGAAGCAAAACAUAACAGAGAAGAUGGCCAUACAAAGGUUUCAAGCCGUCAAGGUGAUCGCGCAGAUGCUCGCAGUGGCUGCUGAGAAGGAGGAUCUCAACCCGCCGAUAUCUGCUAAGUGCGUGUGCACGGGCGCGCUGCUGGUGUCGCGCGCGCUGGCGGCGUGCACGGCCAGCGCGGCGCAGCUGCUCGCCACCAACACGUGCGUGCACCUCGCCACGCUGCUGGCGCGCCAGAUGGACAAAAAUCUUCAAUUCGAUCAGAAGGAAAUGGAACUAGCGAAACAGCUGGCUGACUGUCUCUCCGUCGCUUUGGACUCCGUGCUGUGCGCUAGCCGCAUCCACGAGGAACAAGGGAACAAGCCCAAGGAAGAGGUGGAUGUGCUGGUCUUCUUGAGGAACAGAGCACAUCAAAUUAUCAGCUACCUCUGCCUUAGCGGUUGUAUAACCCGUGCAGAAAAGGCGGGUGAAGCGCGCGAGAGUAUUCAGACCUUGCUCACGGUCAGCGCAGACCUCUGCCAUCCUUACUUGCCAGAUAUUGGUGCGGAACGGACUUACGCGAAGCAGGCGCUUCGUACCGCUCUCGGUAAAAGCGUAUGCGGCUCUCGAGCCGAAUUCUGCAUGCUCUUCGCUAAGGGAGCGUCUCUAGGACAAUGCGGGGACUUCGUGCGAGCUGCGAGAACGGCUCACUUGCUACGAGCUAUUGCUGAGAUGGACCAUCAGAUCGUACAGGAAGCAUUUGGUGAAGGCGGAUGGCCGUUGGAGUUCCGCGCGGCUGUCGCGAGGUUGUUCUCUCAGCAUGCACCGAAUGAAAAGGAGGCACCGCGGACUACAGCUUUACAUCUGAGCAACCAACGUCUAGAUCAGACUUUGUCAGAGACGAUGGUUCUGGACCUCAUAGUACUCGUCGGCUUCGUGGUGGUCAACAAUCCUCAGCUACAGGAGACAAUCUGCGAGGGCUGGAGUGUGAUCAAAGCUCUGUGUACGCUGCCCGCCAAUUGGCUCGUUUCUCAAGCGAGAAGUCACGCACUGUUACCAACAUUAAUCGCAUUGGCCGAAAGACCGGCGUCCGCUGCUGCUAUUGCCUCCGAAGUCAGCAUGACCAUGCUUGAAGAGUUCUAUGAAAGCCCAGAGGCUCAGAAAAUAAAACUCAUCCAAGUGAUUAAACAGGGGAGGACGAAGAAACCACCAGGGAAGAAGUAAAUACAAGAAUCGACAAUUUUAUAAAACACCUGAACCUAAGGAAAUGAAACUAAAACCGAAUUUAUGACUAAUUUCAAUGUUAAUGACUCACCAAACACUAAUGAUGUUGAAAAACAUAACGAACAUAAACCUUAAACGGUACUAAUAGAUACAGCCGAUAGGAAUUUCAAUAAUUUUAAACAUUUAUUUACAUCAGAAACAGAAACCCUUGAAAAAGUAAUACGAACAUUAUUUUAAAUCUUAACUGAUUCACUGACGAUACAAAUAAAAUUUGAUAUGACAGAAUUAUUGGUCGAUAAAACUGCUAUGGAAUAAAAUUGGCGAAAUUUCUUGUUCACGAUGUAUUGUAAGCAAACUGCGUGUGUGGCAGUUGCGUCAUGAUAUUUUAUCUCUUAGGCACUGUUAUUUAAAUACUUAUCUAUUUAUUUUAAUUCACCUUUAUUUGUAAUGUUUUAAACUUUGUUUAUGACAUUGUAUUGUGGGUAUUGUGGAACACUUGACUAUCUUUCUUAACUCCUCCACCCUUUAAGUCCUUCUUUCGUAACUUUCUUAAUUUAAGAAUUGUAUGCGAAAGGAUGAACCUUAUUUUGGAAUCGGUGGUCUCGUCUGUACUAGUCUAAAAUGGUUGUUGCCUUUUUGUAUGUUAAGAGAUAAAAUGUCAUCAGAUGGAUUUAUUUAAAAAUAUAAAAUAAUCAAAGGUCUAAAUAACUAAUUUAAAUUAUUAAUAUUAUUAUCAUCUAAUUUUACGGAAUAAGUUGUGCUUUAAAAAACUGCACUCCAUCGGUUAUUAUUUAGGGUACUUAUUUAUUGAAAUAUAUUCAUUUAUGGUUCUUUUUCUAAAAUUAUAUUUUUUUUGUUUCAAAAACACACCUUCAUAAAUCUUUAUAUAACGGAAAUAUAUGUAUCUAAAUUUUUGGUAAAUAUUUUAAAGAUACAAAUUAUAGAGAUACUUUAUCGAACGAUACUUUAUUUGGUAUUCUCGAAGUUUUAUCUUCAUGAUUACAAGUAUCAGUUUUAAGUUCUUUGUAAAAGCUUAAAGUUUCCAUCGUUGAAGGUAAUACUUCAGUACUAGUCGCUUCAAUCGUCCUCGUGACUAUAAAUUGCUUCGUUACGUUACAGAUGAUUUAGAGAAUGAUAUUUUUUUUUUGUUGUUUCUAUUUUUAGUUUAAUUAUUUCGUGUUAAUCUUAAUUUAGGUUAGUAUUCGAAUUCGGAAAUUGUAACGGAGAGUGCGAUGCAGAAGAAUUGGAUCGGGCAGUUCUAGGACAUACGCAAAAUGGUAUGCCCUUAGGUCACCCCGAGUAGCUACUGCGUCGUAUAUCUCUGAUUUGUGUUCUCUUUCGUCAAAAUAUUUAAAAAAAAAAUCAUAUUUUUUUUAAUUCAUUCAAUCAAAUUUUGUCUAUACGUUUCUUGAACAUUGGGUAUAUUUUUUUGUAUUAAAAAAUUUAUUUCUAUUUCUAAAUUAAAUUUAAGUUUGCUCCAUAUCAAAGCUAUCGUUUUGAAUUUAAAAAUUAAAUUAUCUAUGUCUCGAAACAUUAUAAAAAAAAAAACAAAAAAAAAAAUUAAUUGUCUAUUAUUACAAUGUGAAAUUAGUAGCUCGCUUUCAACAUAAAAUGAUGCAUAGUUAAUAGUUGUUGUGAUAGCAUGAUCUUACUAUUGAUGUUAUGUGUUGUAACGAAAAAACUAAAAAAAAAUAAUAAUAAAAAUAUCAGACAUAUUUAUCCAAAAUCUAGAUGGAAAAAAAAGUUUAGUCUACAGAUAAUCUUUGAAACAUGUUGUAUAAUGUUACUUGGUAAUGUAGUCGUCUUACGAUUUUUGAUGUCUCUAUACAUAUUUUUCUAUGGAUGUAAGCAGAUGAAACAGGAAUUCUGUAACUCAGUUUCCUCUUUAUUUAUUUCCAAGUAGUUAUUCGGAUCAACUGACUUUUAUAUCCGCACAAGUAUAUAUUUGUGAAACUAAAUGUUCAUAUUUUUUAUCCCGAAUUUUAAAUACAAAAUUAACAAUUAUAUUUUUUUAUAUAAUAGUAUUAUUACGUUUGCGAUCCACUGUGUUCCUCGAUCAGUAUUUGUUUUACGCUAAAUGUUAUACGAAAUUGAGUGUGUGCACUCGAUAGUGGAGGGGAGGUGCAUUCGAUGGAGCUGUUCGAGAUACGUAAAUACAUCUUAUGGUAUAACUAUCAAUGGUCGAGGAAAUUUUGCAUUGCGUUCAUUUUGAUCUUCCGGUUGACAAAUUGGUCGAUUAAAUUUGAAUAGAUUUGUUACAGAUCUAUUCGUAUCCGGUAGUUAAUUUUUUAAAUGUGUUUUUUUUAAUAUAUGUAUAUGUAUGUGUAUAAAUGUUCAUUAAAAAAAUAAUAAUAUGUAUGACAGCGGUACACAAAACAAAACGUUAGAAAUUAUUUUCCGCGAUUUCUGAAAUAUUGGGUACAUAUUGACAAUAUUUGGAUCGUUCUUCUUUUUAUAUUUAUUUCUAGUAUUUAAAUGGUUCGAAUUUGAAAUGAACGGUUCUUGGUGGUGCUGUUAUGAGUCAGCAACAUGAUAAGCGUAAGAUGUGUUUACGUGAGGAGGUGUGCUAGAAGUGUGCCUUGCGGGACACCAGCCGUCUAACGAUGGAUGAUGAAAGGGAUUGUUAGAUAUUAAAUUAUAGGAACGCUGUGAUAAAAAAAGGAGAGAUAGACAUGAAAAUUGGCGAAAAAUCUUUUUGUAAUCGAUUUGAAAUUUUGUAUAGGACUGAUGAUGCACACGUUCGAAAGCCUUUGUAAGUACCGAGACGGGUUUCCAUUCAUGAUUACGUAUUUCCGUUUGUGAUAAGCUUUUAAUUAAAACUGUGAUUUACAUUUAUUAGUUGUACGCUACUUAUCGAUGUAUAGGAGAUUUUUUUUUUGUUAGCUUUAGUGUCAUGUUAUAAUGAAUGUAUUGGAUCUGUGAUUUCUUUCCUUUAGCGUUUAAUAACUUUCGCGUGUAUCUUUCAUUGUCUAUUUUUGUGUAAGCGGUAAAUAAACAUUUGUGUAACAAUA